AUGACAAAAAAUACACCGCUGCUACGGAAGAGACAACCUAAAUCAUCACCGCUUCUCGGGAGAAAACAACCUAAAUCACCACCGCUUAGACGGAGGAAACAACCCCAACCACGAAGGAAUCAACCUCAAGCAACCCAAUCACUGCAUUAUCUUCCGUUGGAUCUGGUGGAAGAAAUCCUUUGUAGGCUUCCCGUGAAACAACUCCUUCAACUCCGUUGCGUUUGCAAGUCAUGGAAUUCCCUUAUCUCUGAAAAUUCUGAUUUCGCCAAGAAGCACCUCCGCGCGUCAAACUCAAACGAAGGCCGCCACCAUCUCAUCCUAAAGUCUAGUAGGUUUCGUCAUUUUGAAUCCCCAGUCUCCACUGUGUGCAGCUCCAGAGACACCACAAUGUCCAUGUACUCUCUAAGAGAGAUUCUUAAAAAAGGAGAAUCCGAUGUUGAUGGCGGUGGUCAUGUCUCCACUUGUGACGGCAUCCUAUGUUAUUCCAUAGAUGGUUCUUCAGCUAUUUUGUUUAACCCUUCCAUUAGAAAAUUCAUAAUAUCGCCUCCUUUGAAAUUUCCAGACCAAAGUCAUGUUUCUAUCUUAUUUACAUUAGUUUAUGAUCGUUUCAUUAAUAAUUAUAAGAUUAUUGCUCUUAUUGGCCUUAUUACCCAAAGACAAGUCCAUGUUCAUACUUUAGGUACACAUUCUUGGAGAAGGAUUCAAGACUUUCCAAGUCGUGAUCAAUUGGAGAGAAAUUCAAAUUUCAAACUUAACCGUACAUCUACGGGAAUAUUUAUGAAUGACUCGGUUAAUUGGUUGACGUGGGAGGUCAUUGUCUCUCUUGAUUUGAAGACAGAGUCUUAUCAAAAGCUUUCACUGCCCGUGCCCGUCUCCGUCUGUAAUAAAUAUUUCAUUUUUGCUACCUUAGGGACAUUGAAGGGUUGUUUGUCCCUUCUUAUUUCCAUGAUGGACAAGUUUUCCGAGGUUUGGAUUAUGAAAGAAUUUGGCAAUGAAAAGUCUUGGACUAAAUUGUUAAGUAUUCCUUACAUGAAAACUUGGGGACGUUUUCGCUAUAGCAAGGUAUUAUAUAUUUCAGAUGAUCGCCGAGUGCUGAUGGAGAUUUUGAUGACUAGGAAAUAUAAAUAUAGGUUGGUUGUUUAUGAUUCCAUAAAUAAUACUUUUCAUUUUCCUGAAUUUCAAAACAAGAUCCAUGAUGCGGUGGUACCUAAAGUGUAUGUUGAGAGUUUGAUAUCACCUUUCUCUAGAUGUUGUAACUAA